AUGCCUCCCCCCAAUCCUGCCAAUGAUGAAGCUCAUCAGCGAUUGUUGAACACUCUAGAUAUCUCGGUUGGCCCCAAGCCCUUCCGCAACGCAUAUUGGAAGUCAUCCCAGCGCCGCAACAAGAACGUGAAGCAGGUUGUCUCGGAGGCUUCCCGGAAGGAAGCUUCAGUGUUGGCCACUCAAGCCAACUCAGGCGCAACUACCCCAGGAGUUGGCACACCUGCCACCGAUGGCGAGCAAACCUCACUGGAAGUGCCAGCGCCGAACCUCUCCCAGGCCACCCAGAAUUUGUCGACCCUCGUCUUGGAGAAGAACGCCCGGGCGGGAAUCGCUAGCGGACCUGCGGUGACAUACACGAAUAUUGAAUCGGCGCCUUCGCUGAACCCAGGCAACCAACACCACUACUGCGAUAUUACAGGACUGAAGGGACCCUAUACUGAUCCCAAGACCCGUCUGCGGUAUCACGACAAGGAAAUCUACAAGGUGAUCCGGUCUCUGGCACAGGGAGUUCCGGAGAACUACCUUGAAGCCCGUGGAGCUCACACCAUCCUGAAGUAA